CUCGCAAGCCGAACAAAGUGGGACUCAGGCUGGCCCCUGAUAGGGGUUAGGGAGUCGGUCAACUCCGACUUACCAUGCUACCAAACGGGUGAAACAAACAACUCGAACGACGAGUUGUUACCCCUCAAAUUUGCUCUUGGAGAAAAUGGUGAAACAAUUAAAAACAACGCCAAAAACAACAAUAAUAGGAGUUGCGAUUAUCAGUUCAUAUCGUUGAUUGAAAAAACUCAGGUUGAAGGUUUAUGGCCUGUGGAUCAUCCUCUUCCGUUUCCUUGCUGGGAAACGGAAGCAAAGAAGCCUCUUCGUUUGGACAGUCUUGGAAAGUACCAGGAAGUUGUGACCGCCAUCGAAGGACAUCUGCAGAGUAUGUUGGAGGAAAGGAAGUACAAUACGAUCGGCAACUUUCUGGAGUUUUAUUCGGCAUAUAAAAACAGCCAAUGCGAAAAUCUUUCUGAAUUCUUUUCAAGUUACUAUCCACGUAUAACAAGUGAACAUCACACUUGCGUUGGCCUAGCCUUGGAACUUUGGCAACGUCUUUCCAAAAUCACGUCCCAAACAGUUCCGAUUUCGCAACAUCUCUUCAUGGUCUCCUGCGAGGAGAAUUUGGACUGUCCGGACGAAUAUGCCAAUUUCGGUUACGAUUUGGACAAGUAUGUCGACACUUUGGAAAAAGAGCACGUCCUUUUGGCUCUGAAAAUCGAAAUGAACGGACGAAAUGGGGUUCUGCUCUGCGAUCCUGGGUAUCACAUUGGAAGAGUCGUAACUGUUAUGGAAGAUGGGGAAUAUCCACAAACUGGUUGGUUCGUCCAGUCACAGGAAUCAAACCUUACCAAAGAAUACAACUAUGCCUUCUCUUUAAUAAACAGAAGUUUUGUGGCGUGGCAAGAGAGGAACACCAGAAACGGUUUGGUUCAGGCCACUUCUACAGCGCUAAUUUAUGUCGCAAAACCAUACGUUACCGCAGUGGAUGUCACCGAAAGAAGGAAUCUGGUUUACAACUUCCGAAGUCUUUUGCAGAGAGACCCUAAGGGACACCUGGUUGCCGGUAUUUACUUUAAGAUAAAAGAAAACUUUGACGAGUUCACCAUAUUUUUCCAAGAUAAUGGGGCGAAAAAGAGGAUAAAGUUGAAUUUUGCAAGUUUUCUCAACCCAGAUAGGGUUAAUCAGUCAAUAUUGGACUUGAUAAAAAAAUGCACUCAACAAAUGAAAAUGGUCGAGAACGAGCUAUUGGACACUGUCGUUAAUAUAGCAAAUGUUUUGGUUGACAAACAUUUCGUCAUACAAAUGCUGGAAAUUAAUAACGCAAUCAACUUAAUAACCGAGGACAACUAGCAUUUAAACGUUGCAAAGUUUGAUUUUAGACCUACUUUUCCUUCUGUAGUUUUAUCUAUUGUUUUCUCCCUUAUUGUCAUUUUAUGUUUUUUACAUAUACUUACUUGGCUAGCUUGUAAACUAGCUGGAUAAAAUUGUCCAAAUAUCUUAUUUGACAGAAUAUUUAGGAUCAUAAGAUUAUGGUAGGAGAAGACUUCAUGAGUGUUGUAUUCUCAUACCGUAACCUUAGGCAUAUCCGUCAAAGGAAACAUUUAGAUAACACUAUCCAGCUAGUUCACAAACUAGCUACGUAAGGAUAUUAACUGACAAAAGUUCUUUUGUUUCGCACAAUUAAUUUCUUUGACAUAAUAAUUAGGCAAGGGAAUUUUUAUUUUUAUCAAUUUAUUACCUAUACUUAUUAUGCACUUCGUUAGUUUGGGUCAAAUUUCUUUUAGACUAACAAUUAAUUUAAUUUUUGACUUGGUGUUUGUUUUAGUUAGUUUUACAUAUUAUAAACCUUUCUUGUAGUGUAUUGAAAAUACAAAAGAAGAAUUCAUUCAAACUAAAUAGGCACAUUAAAUUAAACACUCAAAAUAACGCUUUGUUAAUUAUAUCAUCCGCUGUCUUUUCUGCAACUUUAGACUUUAGUUUUUACACUUUAACAACGUACCUGUUCAGGCUUAAAUGAAAUAAUAGUUGUGCAUUGAUGAAGAAUUAAUAAAUAAGUUGGUUCAGAUCGA